GAACGCGCAGAGCAAAGGAGAGUAACGAGCGCGUCUUCGGUCUUCUCUGUCUUUCCUGUCCAAUGUCCCACCGAGCAGGCUGAGCCACGUGUGUGUACGCUGUUAGCUAUAUUUCGUUAUACUUGUGUUUCCAAAAAAACGUCCAGUUCCUACCUUCUUUGUGUUUCAUUGAAACACUCAAAGACCAACAGUAACCAUGGUGAAACUAGCAAAGGCAGCAAACAAGCAAGCAACUCAGAAGAAGAAAGCCCCUCCACCCCCUAAAGAUGUGGAGGAGGAAUCUAGUGAAGAGGACAGUGAUGAGGCAGAAGAAGAGACUCCUCCACCUAAGGCGGUGAAGAAAGCCACACCAGCAAAAGCUACCCCAGUCGUAAAGAACGGAGCUGCUGCCAAAAAGGCAGAAAGUGACGAUGAAGACGACGAUGAUGAGGAUUCUGAGGAGGAGUCUGAAGAGGAGGCCCCCCCAGCAAAAAAGACCCCUGCAAAGGCUAAACCUGCACCAGCCAAGGCAACUCCUGCAAAGGCUGCAGAGUCAGAUGAUGACGAAGAGGAUGAUGAUGAGUCCGAAGAAGAGGCCCCACCCAAGAAAGGAGCUAAACCUGCUGCCAAGGCCCCAGUGAAGGCAAAACCUGCAGAGGAGUCCUCUGAGGAAGAUGAGUCUGAAGAAGAGGCCCCAGCCCCCAAAAAGGCUACUCCUGCUAAACCAGCUGCCAAACAGGCUGCAAAGGCUGCCAAAGAGGAGUCUGACGAUGAUGAAGAAGAUGACUCCGAAGAGGAGAUGGACACCACUCCAGCCCCAGCAAAGGCAAAGAAAGCAGGCAUGGUCAAGGCCAAGGAAGAGUCUGAGGAGGAGGAGGAUGAUGAUGACGAGGAGGAUGAUGAUGAUGAUGAUGAAGACGAUGAGGAUUCCCCAGUGGCUCCUGCAAAGAGGAAGGCCGACGGCAAGAAAGACACACCUGCUGCCAAGAAAGCAAAGGCAGAAGGAGAUGGGUUCUGUCUUUUUAUUGGAAACUUGAACUCCAACAAAGACUUUGAAGAAAUCAAAGAAUCCCUGAGGAAAUUCUUCACCAAGAACGGUCUGGAUGUUGCUGAGGUCCGGUUGGGUGGAUCCAAGAAAUUUGGUUAUGUGGAUUUUGCAACUGAAGAGGACAUGCAGAAGGCACUGGAGCUCAACGGCAAAAAGGUCAUGGGUCAGGAGUUGAAGUUGGACAGGGCCCGAAGCAAAGAGAACUCACAGGAGGGCAAGAAAGAGAGGGAUGCACGGACACUGUUUGUGAAAAACCUUCCUUUCUCUGCGACUGUUGAUGACCUGAAGGAAGUCUUUGAGGAUGCAGUUGACGUCAGGUUACCACCAGGCCAGAAUGGUUCAAACAGAGGCAUUGCCUACAUCGAAUUCAAGAGUGAGGCUGAAGCAGAGAAGAUGCUGGAGGAGGCUCAGGGAGCCGACGUACAGGGGAGGUCCAUCAUGGUCGACUAUGUUGGAGAUAAGAGCCAGAAAGGGGCCGGUGUGGCAGCGGCAGGAGCAGCCUGUAAAACACUGGUGGUGAAUAAUCUCGCCUUCUCCGCCACAGAGGAAGUCUUACAAUCUACAUUUGAGAAGGCCGUCUCUAUUAGGAUUCCACAGAGAGAUGGCAGACCUAAAGGUUUUGCUUUUGUAGAGUUUGAGAGCACAGAGGAGGCUAAGGACGCUCUAGAAAACCUCAACAACACAGAUAUCGAAGGCCGGUCGAUCCGACUGGAGUACAGCCAGAACACUGGCAGAGACGGGGGCAGAGGAAACUCAGGUCCAACAAAAACCCUCUUCGUCAAGGGUCUCUCUGAGGACACAACAGACCAGACACUCAAGGAUGCGUUCGAGGGCGCCGCAGCAGCCAGGAUAGUCACAGACAGAGAGACAGGGUCAUCAAAAGGCUUUGGCUUUGUGGACUUUAACAACGAGGAUGACUGCAAAGCAGCCAAGGAGGCCAUGGAGGAAGGCGAGAUCGAUGGCAGCAAGGUGACCCUGGACUACGCCAAGCCCAAGGGCGAAGGCGGCUUCCGUGGAGGUCGAGGCGGCGGUGGGUUCGGCGGCGGCGGCUUCCGUGGAGGUCGAGGCGGCGGUGGAUUCGGCGGCGGCCGUGGAUUUGGUGGCGGCUUCGGCGGUCGCGGUGGUGGUGGCAGAGGAGGAAGGGGAGGCCCCCGUGGAGGAGGUGGACGCGGACGUGGUGGCUUUGGAGGUGGAAGAGGUGGUGGCGGUGGAUUUGGCGGCAAACCCCAGGGGAAGAAGAUCAAGUUUGACGACUAAAUCCUUAGUCUAUUUUACUUUUUUGAAUGGACUCUGGUUUCAUCACUUUUCAGAGCUUUUGGACAUUCCAGAAAGCGUCAUUGAUAUAUAUUUAACUGUUAACGGGCAUUUUAGCCCUUUAUUUAGACCCCCCAAACCUCCCCCACCCUUGUGUGCCAGAAUGGUACUUUUGACCUUCUCAGCUCAAGUGCUUUGUGUGAGUACUGAAUGUCCCGAAUGCAAACCUGCACCUCUCGCCCUCAUUAGCUUAACUUGCUUUUCCGAAGGAGUAAAAUGGAACGGGUCUGGCAAACAAAUUUGCUGUGAAAAAUGCGCUUGUCUUUGUCAGAUACAUUGUGUAAAUUUAAACAGUUUGUAUGAUUUCAUUUUACCUUUUGUAAAAAAAAAAAAAAAAAAAUACACUUGUAUCCAUAUGUUUUUUUUUUUUUGUUUUUACUUCGUCUUUAGUUUGCUUUAGGUGCCAAGUUUUACUGUAAUGUGCAAAGCAUAUUUUGAUAGAAGAUUUGAGUCGAGAGUUGGGCGUGUUGAAAAUGGCAAAGAUGUUCGGUCAUGUUUGUUUGGUGGGGCACAGUCAGUGUCUGAGUCACAGAGGAUCAAAGGCCUCUUGUCUAUGUAACAUAAAAUAUUUGUAGUGCAUUGACUAAUUUUUUUCCCCAUCCGAGAAUCUCAAGAUUUUCACGUGAUUAAAUAAAACCUUGUAGGUGGUGAUUUUUAAA